AUAACAUGUUAAAAUUACCAGUGUCCCUUGCCUUAGCUCCCCUGUUUACAUCCCAUUCUCCCCCAGCCAUGCUCACCAAUCCGGCAUUUUGAAAACCCUCAUCCCACUUUUCUCAUGAAUUUGCAUGGUUUCACCUGUGGAUUGCAUGGGGAAAAAGAAGAGGAAUUGUAUUUGCUUAGUGGGAUUUAUAACAUCAACUGGGUGAAACCGUCAAAAUAAGAUUUAACCAGCAAAAUCACAGAACCGAAGUACGAGCAGAACUACAAGAUGACUCCAGCAACUAAAGAUGCCCCAGUAAGACCAGUGCAUCCAGAAGCUCUCACGGCCGGGAGCCAUGGAAUUUUCAGAAUCCUAAAUCGUCCUGCACAAUGGCUGCUUAUCAUUUCACUUUUGAUCUCAUGGUCAAUAGCUGGUAUUGUCAUGUUUGACUUUGUGAGCGAUGAUCAGCUUGCAAGCAUCCAGGAAUUAGGAUCUGAUCCAAUGUUAGCAAUAGAAAAGGCUGUUGAAGGCAUUGAAAAUGGAAUAAACAACAUGAACGAUAUGUUCACAGAUACUUAUGAGUAUGUCACUGAAAUGAGUUUUAAUCCAAUGGACGCAGUUAAUUUAGCAGCUGACUCGUCUGUGUCUUAUCUGUCAGAUGUAUUUAGUGACUAUGGAGAUUUUGGAGUCACUGAAAAAGUGGCAUUUGGUGGCACUGUAUUAGAUGAAGCUACAGAUUGGAUUCGAUUCCCAGUGAGCUACUUAUUCCAGAUGUUUGAAGACAUUCUGGACGUAGCUUUCGUUUAUCCUGCGGAAAUGGCCAGUGACGCAGCCAUGUACAUUUUAAGUGGGGCAAAAGCUGUUUUGCAAUAUCUUUCAACCAUGUUUGAAGACAUUAAAGCUUGGACUUCUGAAAUGAGCACUGUUCCUACGAGGCUGGUUGGCAAUGUUGCAGAGGAGGCCAUAGAGCUAAAAAACUCUGUUUCUAACUACCUAUCCAACUUAUUUGUUGGUGAUAAAGUUUUACCAGGUGGUAUUCCUGACAUCAGCUUUGAUCCUAUGAAAGUACUCACAGACACAGUUGAGGAAUUUGCUGACAGGAGAGACAUGUUCUUAGCCUACCUCUCAAACAUGCUCAUGGAAGACAAAGAUGAUACACCACAAGUGAUAAGAAGAAAAGGAGAAUUUCUGCCCCCUAUGACAAAAGUACUUGAACACGUGAAAGAAGCCAAAGAGAAACGGAGUAAAGAGGAGAUAUACAAAAUGAUUCAAGACAUGAGAGAUAAGAAGGCCGAAGCUGAAGAGGAAGAAGUAAUAGAAAAGAAGAAAGAAGCUAAGCCCAAAGAAAAAGUGACUGAAAAACUUCAGAAGCCCAAAGAUGGCAAGAAACCUACAAAAGACAAAACUCUUAAACCAACAGAAAAGAAAAAACCUCAUAAAAAAGUCAAGGUGACUAAACUGGAUGAGGAACCUAUUCUCAAACAGAAGAAACAUAAAGAACUGAAAUCUGAAAAGGAAAAGCCUCAUAAAAAAGUCAAGGUGACUAAAGUGGAUGAGGAAUCUAUUCUCAAACAGAAGAAACAUAAAGAACUGAAAUCUGAAAAGGAAAAACCUCAUAAAAAAGUCAAGGUGACUAAAGUGGAUGAGGAAUCUAUUCUCAAACAGAAGAAACAUAAAGAACUGAAAUCUGAAAAGGAAAAGCCUCAUAAAAAAGUCAAGGAGACUAAAGUGGAUGAGGAACCCAUUCUUAAACAGAAGAAACAAAAAGAACGGAAAUCUGAGGAAAAGCCAUCAAAGCCUAAAAGAAGUGAAAUAAAAGAACACAAAGAACACCAGGCUGAUCAAAAAGCAGAGGGUGAGAGAAAGAUUAAACCAGCAAAGAAAGAAGCUAAGAAAGAAAAACUAAAACCUGUGGAUAUUCCUAAAGAUGAUGUAACUAAGAAGGUGGUCAAAACCAAAGAUGUUGAGAUUGCCAAAGAGAAAACCAAGACCGUUCCUGUAAAGAAAGAGGUUGCUAAAGAAGAAGUUAAAGAGACUGCUGUGGAUCAAGAACCUAGAGUUUCCAAAGAAAAGGCCAAACCAACUCGUUCAAGGAAAGAGGCUAAAGUUGUCAAGGAGAAACCUAAAGCACAUCCCGCAAAGAAAGUUACUGAGGCUGCCAAGAAAAAGGCCAAGCCAGUUGUGAAGGAAGAACCCGAAAAGGUUGAGCCUGCACCUAUAAAGAAAGAAGCUAAAAUCAAAGAUAAGACACCAUCAGCAUCUGUGAAGAAAGAAAGUGAAGUUGAGGAAAAGAAAUUGAAACCAGCCCCUAUAAAGAAAGAGCGUGAGGUUUCCAAAGAGAAGGUCAUAACAGCACCCUCAAAGAAAGAGGACAAAACCCCCAAGGAUAAAGCUAAACCAGCCCAGGCGGAGAAAGAGCCUGAGGUUGCAAAAGAAAAGGUCAAACCAGCAAUUACAAAGAAAGAGCCUAAAGUGUCCAAGGAAAAGGCAAAACCUUCAUUUGUGAAGAAAGAGACUAAAGAUAUUAAAGAGAAAACAAAACCAACUCUUCCAGAGAAAGAAACCACUAUUGCAGUAGAAAAACCAAAACCUGCACCAGAGAAAGGGCCGGAAGUUACAAAAGAGAAAGAAAAACCAGCCAUUUCAAAGAAAGAACCUGUGAGCACCAAAGAAAAACCCAAGCCAACAAGGAAAGAUGCUGAAGUGAUCAAAGAAAAGGCUAAACCAGCCCCUGAGAAGAAAGAGGCUAAAGUCAUUAAAGACAAAGUUAAACCAGCUCCUGUAAAGAAAGAGGCCAUUAAAGAAAAAUCUAAACCUGCUCCUGAGAAGAAAGAGGCUAAAGUCAUCAAGGCCAAAGCUCCUGUUAAGAAAGAGCCAAAGGCUGCCAAAAAGGAAGACAAACCAGCACCUCCUAAAAAAGUUGAGGUUCCAAAGGAUAAGCCAAAACCUGCUCUUAAAGAGAAAGAGCCUGAAGUAGCCAAAGAGCUGCCAAAGCCAGCACCAGAGAUUAAAGAGGCUGAAGCCAUCAAAGAGAAAGCUAAAACACUUGAGAAGAAAGAUGCAGAAAUCAUUAAGGAGAAAGCUAAGCCAGCCCCUGAAAAGAAAGAGGCUGAAGUCAUCAAGGAGAAAGUUAAACCAUCUCCAGUAAAGAAAGAGCCUGAAAUUGCUAAAGAAAAGGCACCAGAACCCACAAAGAAAGUUGAGGUUCCAAAAGAAAAGGCAAAAGCAGCCCCUAAGGAGAAAGAACCUGAGAUAACCAAAGAAAAGCCCAAGCCAGCAGCACCAAAGAAAGAGGCUGAAUCCAUCAAAGAGAAAGCUAAACCGGCUCCUAAGAUUAAAGAGGCUGAGGUCAUUAAGGAGAAAGUUAAACCAGCUCCUGUGAAGAAAGAGCCAGAAGUCAUUAAGGAGAAAGUUAAACCAGCUCCUGUGAAGAAAGAGGCAGAAGUCCUUAAGGAAAAAGCUAAACCUGCCCCUGAAAAGAAAGAGGCUAAAGACAUUAAGGACAAAGUUAAAUCAGCUCCUGUAAAGAAAGAAGUUGAAGCUAUCAAGGAGAAAACUAAACCAGUUCCUGAAAAGAAAGAGACUAAAGUGAUCAAGGAGAAAGUCAAAGCAGCUCCCGUGAAGAAAGAGCCUGAAGUUACCAAAGAGAAAGAAAAAGCAGCACCUACGAAGAAAGAGGUUGUCAUCAAGAAGAAAGUUAAAGCAGCUCCUGUAAAGAAAGCAGCAGUUCUUAAAGAAAAGGCACCUGAACCAAAACCAGAACCUGUGAAGAAAGAAGCUGAAGUGAUCAAGGAGAAAGUUAAACCAGUCCCUGAGAAAAAAGAGGCUGAAGUGAUCAAGGAAAAAGUUAAACCAGUCCCUAAGAAGAAAGAGGCUGAAGUGAUCAAGGAGAAAGUAAAACCAGCCCCUGAAAUUAAAGAGGCUAAAGUGAUCAAGGAGAAAGUAAAGCCAGCCCCUGAAAUUAAAGAGGCUAAAGUGAUCAAGGAGAAAGUGAAACCAGCACCUAAAAUUAAAGAGGCUGAAGUCAUCAAGGAGAAAGUUAAACCAGCCCCUCAAAUUAAAGAGGCUAAGGUGAUCAAGGAAAAGGUUAAACUAGCCCCUGAGAAGAAAGAGGCUGAAGUGAUCAAGGAGAAAGUUAAACCAGUCACUGAAAAGAAAGUGGCUGAAGUGAUCAAGGAGAAAGUAAAACCAGCCCCUGAAAUUAAAGAGGUUAAAGUGAUCAAGGAAAAGGUUAAAGCAGCCCCUGAGAAGAAAGAGGCUCAAGUUAUUAAGGACAAAGUUAAAGCGGCUCCUGUAAAGAAAGAUGAUGUUGCAUCUUUGGAUUUGGAGCUCUUGAACGCCAUCAACCAGAAACUGUCUCUUCUGGAUUUACUGAGGCAAGACAUUGGUGAAAUGAAAAGUGACCUGGAGUCUACUCAAAAUCAAAUUCAUCUUUUAAGAAUGGACAACAGAACAAUCAAUGAGGCCGUCCUUGGAAAAGUAAAACCUGCAGUUUUUAAGGAAAAAGCUAAACCAGCUAAAAAAGAUUUUUCAUUUACAGAACAAGAAGCGCUAAGGAACAUUACAAAGACUGCACAUCUUAAGAGAGAAGCCUUGAAAAACAUCACUAAACCUGGACUUGCAAAGACAGAAAAAGAGGUCAAGAUCAGACCUGAGCCCAAACUGAAAGAAAUUCCUCAUGUAGAGGUUGAAGCAGAGAAACCUUUACAUCAAGAACCAGAGGUCAAAGAAACAGAAUCAGCCAAGCCAACUGAGAAAGAAGUUGCUGAAGACAAAGAAGUCAAAGGAGAAGAACCUGAUGUCACCAGAGAUACUCCAGAAAUAGAGGAGGAGGACAUUCCCUACUUCCAGUGUUUUUUCGUGGAUGAGGAUGACACUCAAUAUCCAUUCUUUCCCUUUCCACCUCCACUCUCAACAAACUUCGGAGUCUGAAGAUGACACAGCAAAGCCAGUGGAAAACCAAACCCGUGACGAAUGAGAUAUCUGCUGCUCUGAUGCGACAAAGAGGUACACCGAUGGUCCUCAAAUACAUAACAUAAGGAGGCCAAGAAAUGUUACGCUGAAAACCUUGGUUUUGUUGUCUUAUUUGGGGUACAGAUUAUUUUGUUUUGGAGGGCGGAGGUUGCAAACACUUGCACUCGGUUAUGUAAAAACGUGUCAUAUUGUCUUAAGGCUGUCCAUCUCAUGAACUGGCCUUUUGUUGCCGUUCUUUUGAAUAAUAAAUAUCUAUUUAAGCUCUAUACAGUACAUGUAUAUGACCAAGAAGGACUAUAAGUACAGUUUACCUGAGACAGCACAAAGAGGAAUUGAUUAAACAUCUUCCUUUGUAAAACAAAUAAGUGUGUCGGGGAGUAUUGCAUUCAAGAGACUAUACAAUCUUAUAUCAUCCAUGACUUUACCUUUAUUUCAUAAGGUAUAUUUACCUCAUUUUGAUGGGGUGCUACAUAAAAGCAUUCCAUUGUCAUUUUUGUCAGAAUGAGGUUUGAGAGUUGUUUGCUGUUCAUUGAGACGGUUCAACCGGAAUAGACUUAACCAAGAACAUACAGUAGUAGAUCUGGUUAAAUAACAAAGGAUUCAUUUCUUUUUUUACUUUUACUGUUUACAGAACAGUUUACAGAGGUGAAAACCUUUACUGAGAUUUAAAGGGUUUAGGACAGCAAGCCCACUACUUUUAAUAUUUGUCUUUGUUUAUUAAUAUUGUUUGUUAAGCAGGAUGCCGAACAAUGUUAUACAUCUGUACACUUUACAGUGGAAUCACAAAUAGGUUUUCAUUAAAGGUGCAGUGUGUAAUUUUUAGAAGGAUCUUUUGACAGAAAUGCAAAAUAAUAUACAAAACUAUAUUAUCAGGGGUGUAUAAAGACCUUUCAUAAUGAACCGUUAUGUUUUUAUUACCUUAGAAUGAGACAUUUUUAUCUACAUACACAGAGGGUCCCCUUACAUGGAAGUCGCCAUUUUGAGCCGCCAUGUUUCUACAGAAGCCCUUAACGGACAAUUUUUUUUACUAAGUUGUCUCCAAUGAUGACAUGAUGUCCGGUGGCGGCUACCGUAGCUUCUCUAUGUGUUUCAAAAGCGAGGGGUGAGCUGUGGACUUAGCAGUUGGUUGCAAUUCGCAACCUCACCACUAGAUCCCACUAAAAUUUACACACUGCACCUUUAAAGACCACACUGAAUUUUGUACAAAAAUACAUUUAAAUAUACUAUGAAGUAUUGUGCUGUUAUAAACUGCACUACUGUGCUGCACUACUGUGCUAUUUUUACUACACAAGUGAGUAUAUUGUAAAAAUAUGGUUUUUACUUGUGGCAUAAGAUUUAUAUUUACAAUUUCCACAUGCAAGGUGUUAAAGGUUAAUACCUGUAAAAACGUGGAUGUGUUGUUACAAUAUUUUAUGGAUGAAAAUACCCGAUUUAAGACAUUUAUAAAAUAAUGUGUUGUCUUUUUCAUUCUAAGACAAUUUUGUGUAAGAUGAAAUGUUAUUAUUGUAUGUAAUGUGCUGGGAUAUUUCCCUACAGUGAUUGUCAGCACUGCACAUUUUUGGGUGUAUCCCCUUGGCUAUCAUGCCGAAUUCAAUGCAUCAGCUCAUUAGUAGAGCUUUCCGUUACCUGAAUUUAAGGUGAGACGUCUGCAAUGUGGGGUGAGACGUCUACAACCGCUUAAAGGACCCUCAGAGGCCACUUUCUUUUUUGCAGUUCAGCAUGCGACUCCAUAGAGGAUAAAUUUAUGUCUGUAAAAAGAUGAUGUUGUAAUAUAGCAGUAUAAACUUGAUAGUUAUAAAAAAUGCCUUUUGUUAAAUAGACCUUUGACGUUUUGAGCUUCUCAUUGUGUAUUCAUGAAAGCUGAGCAUGCUAAUGUAAAAUCUGUCCAACUCUACAAAUUAUUAAUAUAAUUAUUUAAAAACAUUGGCAUAGCAUUAAAUAUUCUUUUUAUAGCCUGUUCUUAUAUUUAUUGCAUGCAUGAAGUGUGAGCUGUUGUUUAAGAAAUGAAUCAAAACCAUACUGAGAUUAAAAACCUAAAAAUGUUUAAAUUUUAGGAAUGUGCUGAAUUCUUCAAAAAUGUGUUGUAUAAUGUUUUUAUUUAAAUUUUUUUCCUUUGCAUGGUGUUGCACUCAAAUUUUAUACAUGCAAAGAAAAUUUAAUAGGCCAAGCUGUAUUUUUAUUUUAUUUUAAUGAAAAAACUUAAAUUGAGACUUGAGAUUUUUAAAACAUUUAAAACUGUCAAAAAUUACCUUCUGAUAAAUGUACACAAACCAAAGUCUAUCUGUUAUUGAAGAGUUAAGAAAAGUAAUAAAUGUUUGCAGUUAUCAAAGCA